AUGACAAACACCGAUCUCGCUACCAUCUUACCUCGCGUUCUUAUCGUAUCCAGACGUACCCUUCGCAAGAACAAAUUCGUUGAUUUCGUUGGUGAAUAUCAUCUAGAUCUCAUAGUUAGUUAUGGAGCUGUUCCGGUGAUUGUGCCUCGAGUAACUGGAGUCCACAUGUUGUUGGAAAGUUUUGAACCGAUUCAUGGCGUUCUUUUAUGUGAAGGGGAAGACAUUGACCCGUCACUUUAUGAAGCUGAAACAACGCUUCUAUCACCUGAAGAAUUGGAAGAAAUCCGACUGUUACAUGCUAGCGAUACAGCCAUAGAUAAAGAAAAGGACAUUAUAGAAUUAUCGCUAGCUAAGCUCUGUCUAGAAAGAAACAUACCUUACUUGGGAAUAUGUAGGGGUUCACAGGUUCUAAAUGUAGCAUGUGGUGGUACCCUUUACCAAGAUAUCGAGAUAGAAAUAACUAAAAACUCAACACAAAAGAAGAAAGUGGUUCAUAUCGAUUAUGAGAAUUACGAUGGGCACAGACACGUCGUUGAGAUUGUGGAGAACACACCUUUGCAUCACUGGUUUAAGGACUCUCUUGAAGAAGAGAGGAUGGAGAUUAAUGUUAAUAGCUAUCACCAUCAAGGGGUUAAAAGGUUAGCGCAACGGUUCAAGCCCAUGGCGUUUGCAUUAGAUGGGCUGAUUGAAGGGUUCUAUGAUCCUGAUUCUUAUAACCCCGAAGAGGGUAAGUUUAUAAUGGGGUUGCAGUUCCAUCCUGAGCGAAUGAGGAAGUUGGAUUCGGAUGAAUUUGAAUAUCCUGGAUGCCCUGCUGCCUACAAGGAGUUUGUGAAAGCUGUGGUGGCAUAUCAGAAGAAGAUCAAUGCCACAAACGAAGUACCAAAUUCAGUAAAGCUUGAUAACGAGUUGGAGAAAAGAAGAAAGGUUAUUAUACAUAGCUUUUCACUUGCAAGAAACAUAUAUGCAAAGGGCGUUAUUUUUAAUCAAUCGAAGGAAUCUGAUCUUGAACCAGGAGCAGAAUUUCUUGAGUCAAAUACAGCAUUGAGUAUGCAACAAGAGAAGCGGUUGAAACAGAUGGGAGCAACAGUAAGGAAUGCAUCUUCAUAUUUCAAGAGAAUGAAGCAGAAUGAAGAAAGGGAGAAACUCGCAAGAGUUGUAAUGGGGAAAAUGACAGUAGAGCAAUUAUCUGAUCUAGCUCUGUUCUAUCACAUGAUGGGGAAGAUAUGCUCAGAAGUGUUGGACAAGAAGCUUCAAAAUGCUGUCAGUAAUGAUCUUUCUGAUUCAGAUUCUUUAUAGUGUUGUUACUUUGCAUGCUAUUUUUGUUUCUUAAAAUUUCCAAAAUAUAGUUCUUGAGUUGGUUGCCUGUUUUGUAAAGUCUCAUAUG